ACGGCAUCUGUCGGAUUCCAUGUUAACACGGCUUCCAAUGUUUUAUUUAUCCUGAUAAGAUUGGAUAUGAAUAUUCCAUAAAAAUCACUAAUAACCUUAUCGUACAGAAAAUCGGUUUAUAACAGUAAUUAUAAUAUGUACUAGCUCGAUAGGAGUGUUGGACUAAUGAAUUUUAGUCGUUUACUUUUUUCUAAAAUGCUAAGUAUCAGCCCACCCCCUCCUCCGGAUCCUAGAUAUCCAGUAACAACGACAUUAACGUUAAAUGUAAUCCCAGAAAACACGAAGAAAUUUUUCUAUUGGUUAAUACUAACCAUAUCAGUUUUAGCAGUUAUUGGUAAUAUUUUGGCCAUAAGAUCUAUCAUAGAGCGGAAAACAAAAUUUUUACAAAAAGCAUGCAUUUUCACACUAUCUUUGACAGAUACAUUAACUGUGAUAGUGUUUGCUAUGAAUGAUCUUGAUACAUUGUCGAAACCUUUGAUUACUUGGACAUUAGGCAAGGCGUUAUGCUAUUUUCUGCCUACAUCUCAGAUAUUUGCAACACUCGUCAGUUCAUUAAUACUAAUGAUCAUUGCUAUGGACAGGUACCGGAACUGUGUACAGUCGUUUAGCAAAUGCGUGUGGAAUCCAAAACCAACAGUUUGUGUUAUGUUCAUAGUAUGCCUUCUUCUACUAUGUGCUGGUGGAACUUAUCCUGUUUUCGCUGCCUUCAACUACGAGGCAUUAUGGGUUCUGAAGAUACCAUUUACAGCAGAGGAAGCCGAUUAUGAACUAAGUCAUCUGUGUUUUGUAACCAAAACGAAGCUGAAAACCUAUAUGGUCACCGUAGACAUCAUUAUUUUUGCACCUCUUUUUUUAGCUUUUACUUGGUUUUACAUCCAAAUAGCCUCGUUGAUUUGGAAACACAGAAAACCGGUCAGCGCUAAAUUUAAUAGCUUUGACAAUAAGUCAGAGGACUCCACCAGUAAUUCCACGAAGAGCACUAAUGUCACCACCAUCGAAAACGUAAAACCAGUAGUUAAACCUAAGAAACAAAAAAACGUUCAAGUCCAAAGGAAAAUCCGUACUUUCAGAAUUGUCAUAGUUCUAAUGUUAUCUUUCAUUGGCUGUCGAUUUCCCUAUUGGUUCUAUUAUACCAUAAGAGUAGUAAGUGUGAGAAACGAUACCAUCAGCUGGAACCUACAUUUUGCACUGGUAGCUCUAAAUUUGCUGAAUUGUGUGCUGAACCCACUACUUUACACGUUUCUGAAUCAGUCGGUGGCUGCUCUGAAGAUAAUCAAAGAGUUUAUGCUGAAAAUUUGCUGUUGGUGCUUCUCCAACGAUGACUUUGAUGAGUUUGAACGAAACAAUCCUUUUAAUAGAGACCAGGUGGCUCCUGCUUGUGGUACAGUCAAGACUAGGCCUAACUAUGGUCUGCAUGACAAAAACGACAAAGUGCAAAAAUACUAAAUUAUUUUAUGUAAAAUGUUGAAUAGAUAUUUGUAUGUAUAUUUUUUAUAGUAAAAGUAAUUUAAGUUC